CAGGGGGGUCAGAUGGUGCCUUUCCUCACCGUGUUUGCUCUCUGGCAUCCAGCUGACAGCUCCAGCCAGCCUGAGAGGCUGCGAGUCCCUCUGGCCCCAGCUGGGUGUUUGUUCUCUGCUGGGCACUGAGCCGGGGAGAAAAGCAGCAUUUUCCUCCCUAUUUUUAAUUUCUCCGCUCUGCCAGACUUUUUGUCUUGCCUGGGAAGCAGCAGAGCCACGAGGAGGGGGACAAGGAGCAGGGGCCAAGGGGACGGAAGAGGAGGAGGAGGAGGAGAGCAUCAGAGGAAGGCAGGGGCCCCACCACAUCCCGGCAGAGGAAAGGCAGCCCGGAGAGAGCCUCGUGGUGGACAUGUCCUACCUGAGCCGGGUCCCCCGCCGCCUGCCAGCCCCCUGGAGAAGCCCCCGGCCCUUCAGCAGCUCCUCGGGCCCCACGGCCAAGAAGAGCGUCCCGUACCAGAAGACGCUGCAGGAGGAGGGGGCCGGGGGCGGGCAGCCCAGCCGCCCCCCGCCCGCCUCGGCGCAGGUGGUGGUGGUGGGAGGGGGCAGCCUGGGCUGCCAGACCACCUACCACCUGGCCAAAAUGGGGCUGAGUGACGUGCUGCUGCUCGAGAGGGACCGCCUGACCUCGGGCACCACCUGGCACACGGCGGGGCUCCUGUGGCAGCUGCGUCCCAGCGAUGUGGAGGUGGAGCUGCUGGCACACACGCGGGAUGUGGUCAGCCGGGAUCUGCCGGCAGAGACCGGGCUGCACACGGGCUGGGUGGAGAACGGGGGGCUCUUCAUCGCCUCCAACAAGCAGCGCCUGGAUGAGUACAAAAGGCUCAUGUCGCUGGGGAAGGUGUAUGGUGUGGAGUCCCACGUGCUGACCCCGGCCCAGACCAAGGACCUGUACCCUCUGAUGAACGUUGAUGACCUGUAUGGCACCCUGUACGUCCCCAAGGAUGGCACCAUGGACCCUGCUGGCACCUGCUCAACUCUGGCCAGAGCAGCGACUGCCAGAGGCGCUACGAUCAUCGAGAACUGCCCGGUCACGGGCAUCCAGGUGAGAACUGAUGAUUUCGGGGUCAAGAGAGUGCAUGCAGUGGAGACAGCCCACGGGACCAUCCAGACUCCCUGCGUGGUGAACUGUGCAGGAGUGUGGGCGCGGGCGCUGGGCCGGCUGGCGGGCGUGCGCGUGCCGCUGGUGGCGAUGCACCACGCCUACGUGGUGACCGAGCGCAUCGAGGGCAUCCAGAACAUGCCAAACGUUCGCGAUCACGACGCCUCGGUCUAUCUGCGUCUCCAAGGCGAUGCCCUCUCCGUGGGUGGAUAUGAGUCAAACCCCAUCUUCUGGGAGGAGGUAUCUGAAAAAUUUGCUUUUGGCCUCUUUGACCUGGACUGGGAUGUUUUCAUGCAACACAUUGAAGGUGCUGUCAACAGAGUGCCAGUUCUGGAGAAAACAGGAAUUAAAUCCACUGUCUGUGGGCCAGAGUCAUUCACAGCUGACCACAAACCACUGAUGGGAGAAGCUCCAGAAGUCCGAGGCUUCUUCCUCGGCUGUGGCUUCAACAGCGCCGGGAUGAUGCUGGGAGGUGGCUGUGGCAGGGAAUUGGCUCACUGGAUCAUCCACGGCCGCCCAGAGAAGGACAUGUACGGCUACGACAUCAGGAGGUUUCACCACUCCCUGACCGACAACAACCGCUGGAUGCGGGAGCGCAGCCACGAGUCCUACGCCAAGAACUAUUCCGUGGUCUUCCCCCACGACGAGCCCCUGGCGGGACGCAACAUGAGGAAGGAUCCCCUGCACGAGGAGCUGCUGCGACAGGGCUGUGUUUUCCAGGAGAGGCACGGCUGGGAGAGACCUGGCUGGUUCAACCCUGGGGGAGCAGCCCCGGUCCUGGACUAUGAUUACUACGGUGCCUACGGCCACCAGCGCCACAGGGACUAUGCCUACAACCACCUGCUGGGGGACGAGUACACCUUCGACUUCCCCCCUCACCACGACAUCAUCAAGAAGGAAUGUUUAACGUGCAGGAACGCCCUGGCUCUCUUUGACAUGUCUUAUUUUGGGAAAUUCUACCUGGUUGGACCUGACGCUACGAAAGCAGCCGACUGGCUGUUCAGUGCUGAUGUGAGCAAAGCUCCAGGCUCCACCGUGUACACCUGCAUGCUGAACCGGCAGGGCGGCGUGGAGAGCGACCUGACCGUCAGCAGGAUCAGCCCCGGCACCCCGGGCUCCCCCCUGGCCCCCGCUUUCGAAGGGGAUGGCUACUAUCUGGCCAUCGGCGGGGCUGUGGCUCAGCAGAACUGGUCCCACAUCACCACCGUGCUGCAGGACAUGAAAUUCCAGUGCAAACUGCUCGACUGCUCGGAGGAGCUGGGCAUGAUGAGCAUCCAGGGGCCUCUGAGCCGUGCUGUCCUGCAGGAAGUGCUCGACACCGACCUCAGCAACGAGGCCUUCCCCUUCUCCACCCACAAAAUCACCACGGCUGCAGGAUGCCAGGUGCGUGCCAUGAGGCUGUCGUUCGUGGGCGAGAUGGGCUGGGAGCUGCACGUGCCCAGGGCUGACUGUGUGAAGGUUUACCGGGCGGUGAUGCAGGCGGGAGCCCGGCACGGCAUCGCCAACGCCGGCUACAGAGCCAUCGACAGCCUCAGCAUCGAGAAAGGGUACAGGCACUGGCACGCAGACCUGCGCCCCGAUGACACCCCGCUGGAGGCAGGGCUGGCCUUCACCUGCAAGCUCAAGUCCAGCAUCCCCUUCCUGGGCCGGGAGGCUGUGGAGGCACAGAAAGCCAAGGGCAUCUUCCGCCGCCUGGUGUGCUUCACCACUGAGGAGAAGGUGCCCAUGUUCGGCCUGGAGGCCGUCUGGAGGGACGGGAAGGUGGUCGGCCACAUCCGCCGGGCAGAUUUUGGGUUUGCCAUCGACAAAACCAUCGCCUACGGCUACAUCCGAGACCCCGCAGGGGGCCCGGUUUCCCUGGAUUUUGUCAAGAGUGGCACCUACGAGCUGGAGCGGAUGGGAGUGACCUUCCCGGCCCGAGCUCACACCAAAUCCCCGUUCGACCCCGACAACAAACGCGUGAAGGGCUUUUACUGAGGGCUGCUGGCUGCGAGAGGGCAGAGGAGCUGCAGGCUGAGCUCCCAGCCCCUCCUGCCCCUCCUGGCUCCAGGCUCAGCUGUGAGAGCUGGGCAACCCCCUGGAACCCGCCGAGUCAGUGUGGGUCAAAUCAGAGGGGACAGGAGGAGAAGAUUCCAAAAAGCGCCAAGGCUCUGCUGCUCUGGCUGCCAAGUGAAGUGUGGCCACUGCAGCAAUAAUUCUGUUCCGUGGGUUAAUUGGACUGCAAACAGUGUUUGGUCUCACUGCGUGUGAAGUGGUUUCAAUUUCUGACUUUGCUGGAAACUCUUUCCCCCCAAAUGUAGUCUCACUCUGCCUGGGAAUGAAUGUUUUUUAAACUAGCUCUGCUGUUCAUACAGCUAGAGCCUCCAAA